AUGACUUUAACAUAUCAAUCUGAUCCUUAUUCAGUUGGUCGUGAUCCGAAAUCAUUUAUCAUACGUGAUUUUAAUGGAGAUUCCUAUUUAGAUUUAGCAGUGACUAAUUAUGAUGAUCAUACAUUUAGUAUUUUAUUUGGAAACAAAAAUGGAACAUUUCAAACACAACAAGUUUAUCCAACUGGCAAUGGAACUUAUCCUUGGGGAAUAGCAUCGGCUGAUUUUAAUAAUGAUACAUUUUUAGAUAUAGCUAUAGCAUUGUCAAUAACAAACCAAAUAGCGUUUUUCUUUGGUACCGCAUCAGAUGGUUCCUUUAGCAGAGUACCUCAUAUUGAAGUUACAUGUUGCUGUAUGUUUCAUAAUGUGUAUAAGGAUAAUAAAGUUCGUCUAAUAGAAGCUAAUGAUUUAAAUAAUGAUGGAUUUAUUGAUUUACUUGUUAUUUGCAAGGAUCCUGAAGAAAAUGUAGAUGAAUUCUAUAAUUUAUUAAAUCAAGGUAAUGGAAGUGACUAUCGAUCUACAGUAUUAUAUCGUUAUUUUCCACGUAAUACCGAUUCAUUCGUCUUCGGUGAUUUUAAUAAUAAUGGAAAACAAAAUGAUUUAAGUUUAUGUAGUUUUGUAAAUCAAGUUGUUAUUCUUUAUGAUAUUAAUUCCGACGAUGAAGAUAAUAAAGAACCAAACCUUCUUGAAGUCACAAUUUCUGAAAUUCCACAGUCAAUUAUUCGAGGUCGAUUUAAUGACGAUGAACUCGAUGAUCUUGUAUUAAUUGCUCCUGAAUCUAAUACAUUACAUGUUCUACUUAAUUCUGGAAAUGAAACAUUCUUACGACAGAUCUAUCAUAUAAAUAAUUAUUCAGUAUCUAUUACUCAAAUCAAUUUUAAUAAUGAUUCAAUUGAUGAUUUGGCUAUUUUAACUCGUAAUCAGACUAUCAACAUAUAUCGUGGAUCAAAACUUGGAAUAUUUUUUCAAGAGAAUAUUAUUUCAUUUCAACUUCUUCUCAAUCAUACUGGUACAUGUUUUCAAUCACUUAAAGCAGCUGAUCUAAAUCAAGAUGGUAAAGAUGAUUUACUUCUUAUUGAUCCAGAUACACAAACUAUUGGAGUUUCAUUAAAUAUAAAUUGUAAUAAUCAUUUCUAA